CCGGGCUGCGCAUGCGUGCUAAGAGGCCCGGUGGCGGCGGCGGCGGAGGCAACUGUGAGGGGGUUCCCGGAAGAUGGUGCUGAUUAAGGAAUUUCGUGUGGUUUUGCCGUGUUCUGUUCAAGAGUACCAGGUUGGACAGCUCUACUCUGUCGCAGAAGCCAGUAAGAAUGAGACUGGCGGAGGAGAAGGGAUCGAGGUCUUGAAGAACGAGCCGUAUGAGGAGGACGGAGAGAAGGGGCAGUACACACACAAAAUCUACCACCUGAAGAGCAAAGUUCCUGCAUUUGUAAGGAUGAUUGCUCCUGAGGGCUCCUUGGUGUUUCAUGAGAAAGCCUGGAAUGCUUACCCCUACUGUAGAACAAUUGUAACGAAUGAAUAUAUGAAAGAUGACUUCUUCAUCAAAAUUGAAACAUGGCACAAACCUGACUUAGGAACAUUAGAAAAUGUUCAUGGUUUAGAUCCAAACACAUGGAAAACUGUUGAAAUUGUCCACAUAGACAUUGCAGAUCGAAGUCAAGUUGAACCGGCAGACUACAAAGCUGAUGAAGACCCUGCAUUAUUCCAUUCAGUCAAGACCAAAAGAGGCCCCCUGGGACCUAACUGGAAGAAGGAACUGGCAAACACCCCUGACUGUCCUAAGAUGUGUGCCUAUAAGCUGGUGACCAUCAAGUUCAAGUGGUGGGGGCUGCAGAGCAAAGUAGAAAACUUCAUUCAAAAGCAAGAAAAACGGAUAUUUACAAACUUACAUCGCCAGCUCUUUUGUUGGAUUGACAAGUGGAUCGAUCUGACAAUGGAAGACAUUAGGAGAAUGGAAGAUGAGACUCAGAAAGAACUCGAAACAAUGCGUAAGAAGGGUUCCGUCCGAGGCACGUCGGCCGCUGAUGCCUAGAUGAGUCCCCUGUAGGUCAGAGACAUUUUCAAACUGUCUACGGAGUCAAGGCCAAGUGAGGGGAACAAGCGCAGCCUGUGACGAGUGAAGAUGCUACCAGUGUCUCUGUGUGACGACCCAAGGGCACGUGUGCACACACAUGUACACAUAGACACGUGUGUGUGUGUGUGUAUGUGUGUGUGUGUGUCUCUGUGUGAUGUUUCCAGCGUGUGCACACACGUGUAUGUCUGCAGCUGUAUGUAAAACACAUAUGGCUAGAGGCCUAGAUACACACACAAGUGUAUAUAUGUAUGUGAAAACAUUGAAGGGAUCAGUACAAUUUCUCCAAAGUACUGUACCUCUCUUCAGCAAAAAUACUAAAGAAAAUAUUUUCAAUAUAUAACCUGGAACGGAUUUUAAUAAUCAUCAAUGUGAUGCCCUUGAUGGAUAAAUGGACUGCCAUGUGGUGCUGGCUGGCGUGCUUCAUGAAUGCCAGGUGUGGACCAGUGUGUAUAGUUUUGGGUUGUUUCUGUUUUUUCAAAUCACCACACAUACACUUUUUUUAUUUUUAUCCCAUCAGCAGCAGACUCCUACAGAAAGAUAUCUUCAGACUGUUAGAUACUCCAGUGAAUCCGGAGAGUAAACUCUGGAUGUUUUGGGUGUAUUUGUAACUAUUUAUUUCUGGGUGGCCACUAUCUUCCAGCCAUGGAGUGAAAUCAAAGCUCUUUACUAGAUCACCCAAGGGGCGGGAAAUCUUUUUUUAAAAUUGCCACUUUUUAUUGGAUUUUUGUAUUUUGAAUUUCAAGUAUUUUUCUACAUCAAAUCUAGCAAAAAAAAAAAAAAGUGAUGACGGUUUGUGAUUCCUGUAAACACUAGACAAUGUUCAGACUCUGCCUGAGCAAACAAGGCGACAAAGGAAAUAACCUUGAUGGCAUUGCAGUCACACAGAGCUUUUCUGUGGGGACUGUGCAGACCGUCCAUGUUGCUCUGAGCACACUGACAUUUAGCUCUUUGCCUGCUGCAGUCCAAGCCAGGGGGAAUGUUGAUGGUGAGCUAGGAACAGUUAAAUGUGGCACAGGACUGUCCCCAUCCUGAGGCCAGCUCGAUCCUGAGCAUUGCUGCCAACACUGCUUCCUUUUCUUGCCUCUUUUUUCUCCUCUUUUUCUCUUUUUUUUUAAGGAAGGAACAAUAGCUAGGUAAGAUUUUUUUUUUUUAAUUAACUUUUCUGUAUGAUGCUGUUUUCCCUUGUCAGUCCCAGAAGCCUGACCAGAAUCAUACUGUUGAAGCCCUCAGGUUACACACUGUCUUUUUAACCUACAUCACCCCACAGUCCUCCAUCCCCCAUAGAACAUAUUACCCCCACAGUGAGCCCAAUAGUAACUGGUUCCUUUGCUGACAGACUUGCCCUAUGUGCCCCUCCUCCCAUGCCCUGUGUUCCCACAGGAGCAAUGACAGCACUUCCCACUGCAUUGCAAUAAUACCCUGUCAUCCUCGGCAACAGACCCUGGCUUCCAUGUGCCCUCUCAAGAUAAAGGCUAGUGUUUUUUCUCUGGAUACUGGUGGGAGAUGGGUUUGGUUACAUCAGUGGAAAAGGCACCAGAAGGGUCAUUGCCAACCCCAGGCAGUGGAGAACCCAGUCUUUUUCCCCAGUGAACCAAUUCAUGGACAGCUUUAGUCACAUUGGGAGUUUGGGCACACAAGGAAAUGAGCCUGGUGUGGACUCUACUGUCUUCUAACAGCUGUGGAGAUUGAGGGACGUGGUGAAUGUCAAAUACCUGUUGACUUGGCAGUCUCUUGUGUAAACUACAGUAAAACAAAGUAAGUGAAAUUGAAACAAAAAUAAAUUUGAUCACAAAAUG